CCACCCGUUCGUUGAUCCAUUCCACUCCCAAUCCACAAGCUUUUCCGCGGCCGAAGCAAACCCAAGAACCCCUAUAAAUUUCUCCCCGAAACACACAGGAUGGCACAAAGCCACCCACAGACACAGACACAGACACACACACACAGUGAGCUCGAGCUGAGCAGGUUGCCAUGGCGGACAUCGCGCUGCUGGUGACGGAGGAGUUCGAGAAGAAGCUCAAGAGGGGGGCGCCUGGGGAGUCGUCGUCGUCGGCGGCGGCGGCGGAGCCGAGGAGGAACUUCGGGGCGGUGAUGAAGGUGUGCGGCUCGUGGGUGGAGGCGGCCGCCGCCGCCGCCGCCGGGGUGAAGGUCAACGUCGCGCUGCUCAACGUCGAGCCCAGGUCGGGGCCGGCCGUGGCGGCCAUGGACGGCGUCUUCUCCGCAUAAAGAUUCUCGCUUUUUUUUUUCUUUUCUUUUUCCCUCUUUUACUGAAGAAAAAAAAAGCUAAUUAGGAGGAAAGUAUUAUCCAUCUCCCCUCCUCUCUGAUGACGAUGUAAAUAUUAGCCGCUGCGCUUUUUGAUUUGGAACAAGCUCCUCUUCGUUCAUCUCGUUUCG